CGAGCACCGCCUGUUCUUCAGCUCUCUUACAACAACAAACGCGCUCUCAUCGGUUGGACGAGAUGCAGACUAGAGACGGAAAUACAUUAAACAUGUAGUUUUCUCAACUUACACCUCGUUAAAUUGCACAUUUGUGGAUAAGACGACUUAAAAACGGACAACAAACACCAGGUCGCAUUCAGAAUUUCUCUGCAGACUUUACAGAGAAGCUGCUGUCCCGGAGCUACUCCAACGAUACAUGUCGGCGAGGUCGGAGAGGCCGGGAGAGAGUGAGAGAGAUCUGUUCAUCAGAGUGAGACUCUGGGAUGCUCGACGGACCCGUACCGCACGCUUCUCUAAGACCUCCGGAAGCUAAGACAGAACAUUUGACCCCUCCGAGCCGCCAUCAUGGCUCUGGUUCAGGCUCUGCCCAUCUCUACUGAGCCUCACACCCCCGGCCAUAGUGGAUCCCGCAGGAGACACCCCUCCUCCUCGUCCCCCGUCAACGCUCCACCCUCCGCUCUGGAUCCCAUGGGUUCUGUCAGCAGUCUCAUCGCCGCCCGUCCAGGACCCUACCAAGACCUCCGUUCUGGAGGGGAGCUGGGAGCCAGGGUGCGGCGGCCCACACAGGGCGCCUCCUGUCUGGGCUCUGAGUCACCCCAGGACCCUUUACUGCAGAACAUCCCGCCACUCUUGAAACAGAGCUCCACAGGCUCCGGCAGGGGUCUGAUGGAAAAGGAGAGCGGGAAUGGGAACCAUACCUACCUGAAUGAGGACUUUGUGGGAGACUGGAACGACAACCAUGUGACGCCCGUGAGCCCGGGGACAGACGUGGACGGGAGUCAAGAAGUGUCCGGGUUAAAUGGAAAUAUGGGCGGACCGCCUCCAAAACUGGUCCCUGUGUCAGGAAAACUAGAGAGGAACAUGGAGAAAACGGUGCUGCGGCCCACUGCCUUCAAACCCGUCAUUCCCAAGAACCGGACGUCCAUGCAGUACCUCUCCCCCCGCCAUGUUGCCAACGUAUCAGAAAGCCAAAACAACCUGAACCUGCUCAGCCCGACCCACAGAGAAUCGUCGCCCUCCAGCACGGAGAAAAGCAACGUGUACGGCCGAACGCGGACCGGCGGCGGCGGCUGCAACCAGUCGUGUCAGCUGACCGACUCUGGACGCAACUCCCUCUGCAGCAUCCCCCCAUACGGCAGCGCCCCCUACAGUCAGACGUCAGGGGAGACCGCCGCAGGUCACCUGGAGCCCAUGAAGAGCGCGCCACCUGUCAGCACGCACGGACACUCAAACUCUGACAGCGGGCGCUCGUCUUCGAGUAAGAGCACCGGCUCUGGCUCGAUCAGCGGCCGAGGUCACCCUCUCUCUGACAGCGGGUCUAGUGGGCGCUCCCCGGGCCCGGUGGAGGGUUAUGAAGGGGUGGUGAGGGACCUGGAGGACAAACUGAGGGAGAGAGAGCUGGAGCUGCAGACACUCAGAGACAACCUGGACGAGAACGAAGCUGCUAUUUGUCAGGUCUAUGAGGAGAAGCAGAAGCGCUUCGAGCUGGAGCUGGAGGAGCUGAGGCAGGGAUGUGCCACCCGGAUGCAGGUCGCCUCGCAGAAGGCCCAGCGCGCUCAGCAGGUGCUUCAGCUGCAGGUGUAUCAACUGCAGCAGGAGAAGAAGAAGUUGCAGGAGGACUUUGCUCAGCUCCUGCAGGAGAGGGAGCAGCUGGAAGAGCGCUGCACGUCCUACGAGCACGAGAAGAUCCAGCUGGGGCCUCGACUGGAGGAGAGCAAGUGGGAGGUGUGUCAGAAGUCGGGCGAGAUCUCGUUGCUGAAGCAGCAGCUGAAGGAGGUGCAGGGCGAGUUGUCCCAGCGCGUGGGGGAGAUCGUGUCCCUGCGCGGUCAGCUCAGGGAGUCUCGCGGCGAGCUGACGAACACACAGGCGCUCCUGCAGGAGGCCAGCGGGACGACGCGCACGCGCACCCUGGAGCUGGAGGUGUGCGAGAACGAGCUCCAGCGGCGCAAGAGCGAGGCGGAGCUGCUGAGGGAGAAGGUGGGACGCCUGGAGGGGGAGCUGGUUCACCUCAGAGACGCCUUGGCCAAUCAGGGCCCGGGGAACAGACAGUGUCAGGUGUUCCACGAGGCGGAGGAGCACAUGCUGGCCUACGAGAGCGACGAGGCGAAGGCUCAGCGGCAGAGCACUGCAGAGGCGCUGCAGAACAUGAAGCUGCAGAUGGACAGGAUGAAGUCGGAGCUCGCCUUCGAGCACCAGCGGGCGGAGCAGCAGAUGGGGGGCUUCGAGGAGGAGCGCAAGAUAUGGCAGGAGGAGAAGGACAAGGUGAUCCGCUACCAGAAGCAGCUGCAGCAGAACUACGUGCAGAUGUACCGCAGGAACCGCGAGCUGGAGCAGCUGCUGCAGGAGCUCAGUCAGGAGGAGGACGAGGGCAGCGGCAACGAGAUCAACUUUGACGAGAUCGCCGCCACGGAAAUAUGAACCCUCGUGUCCGUUCAUGUUUUAUUUGCACUACUGUCAGCUUUUUUUUUUUUUUUUUUUAAUUCACCUUCACGUCACAGAUCGGAUCUCCUCUGCGCUGUCUGGGUGGAAACAUAGACCCUGUUCACACAAGCAUCACAAAUGGACAUCUCAAAGCACAGCUGUUCACACCUGGAAUUAUCAUGACAUGCAUCUCAAAAUGUGUUUCCAGUGACCACUUGUUUGACACUUUGCAAGCAAAAUAACACACAAAGCAGCAUUUACCUUUAUUAGGCUUUGAACGACAUCGACUGUUACUUGCAGAUACAAAGAGAGAGAGAGCGAGUGUGUAAUAUCAAACUUUCUAUGAAACAUAAUUUCACUUUACAGCUGUGUAAUUUAUCAGUGAGUGAGAAACUACUGCAGACUGGAGUCUCUGGAAACUAAUAGAGCCACUCAACUAAAAAAAAAAAAAAAAACUGUUUGUUGUCCUCUGACACAUCUGUAUCCUCACUUCAUUUCAUUUUUUACAAAAUAUGACGAACAUCUGGUGAGUCAGAUCCUAAGCCCAUAUCCAUCACCGGUAGUGUUUACACCUGUACUUAAGGCUGUCCACUCGUGAUGUCAUCACUUAGGAUGCCAGGUGAAAACAGUUUGAGGAGACGUGUAAAAAAAACCAAAAAAAAAAACAUCUGCAGUGUAAAAUCAGCCGCUCAUUAGCUCUGCCUCAUCGGUCUAAUCUCCGAGGAGUCCCACUUAAAAGCCAACGACCUCUAUUAGUCGUUAGUAGGCCACCUCAGUCCUCUGCCCCCGACUCAUUAUCGUCUAUGUGAGUGUUUAUCAGCUACGUCUUUUCCCGCAGUUUUAGUGGGAGUUAUUAUGUGUAUGAGUAACAUUUCACCCUCCUCCUCCUCCUCCUCCUCCUCCUCCUGUGUUUGUCAGGAUUCCUCCUCCCUGCUCAGAUUAUCACCACACUCCCACUCUGUGUUAGCAGUCUGCUCUUGUUUGUGUCGUUAAUAUGGACAACGCCCACGCUGCUGUACGAUGACAGAAAACGUGGGACUCUGCACACGUCAAGGUCGAGAGUGAGUGAAUCAGAGCGCGGUGCUGAGGUUGGAGAGCGAUGAUGAUCUGUCAAAACUACUAAAGCCUUUAUGUAAACGGCAUCAGGACUGAAAAGAGUAACUGCAGAUGUUUUCUUCCUUUAAUUUGAUUGAACAAAGAAUUCUGAUUUUCUGAAAUUCUACGGCACAUAAAAGGUGUUUUAUAACUUUGAAAAAGGCAGAAUUUGACAGUCUAGGACACUUUUAUGUAAUCCAGUAUGAGGGAAUAAAAUCCUAAAAUUGUGCUCUUACAUCCUGAACAAUGAAACCUCAGAAAGUUUAGAUCUAAACAUCAACAGAGUGCAAUGUAAUCAGAUACAAUAUCAUCUAGAAAAACAUGAUUAUGACUGAACCAGCUUUAAAACCAGCACAGAUUUGUGUGGAAAGUUUGGAUUAAAUGGUUUUUCCUUUUUCAUAUAGAAGGGGGUUAUAUGGAUCAAAUACAAUACCAAGUAUUGGACACACUGUAUAUCAUGAUAUCAUGAAUGUUCAGAAAUUAAAUUUGGCUUUUUAACAGCAGACGUUAAUGCUCGUCAUAGCAGGAAAAGUUCAUAAGCAAUAUUGAAACCGACUGUUUUUCCAUUACUAUGAAUUCAAAGAGAUCCAGUUCCAGGCUCACUGUCGGGUCUUACCGGGAAAACUUCAUGAAACCAAGCUAAUUAGUUUCACGUGAGUUUUCCUCUCUUCUGUGUUCAAAGCUCUCUGAGAAACUUUCUGUUUUUAGCUAAUCAAGCAAAUAAAACACCCGGCAAGAAAAAUCUUAAUAACUCAAAAGUCAUGUUUUAAAAAAAAAUCUAACGCUUCAUUUUAUUAGCAUUUUGGUUUCUACUUCCAAAAACAGAAUGAGUUUAAUGUUUUGAGGCCGACACUUGUAGUUUGUGUGGUUCAGAGAUGCUUAUCUAGAUUUCAAUGGCUGCUCUUUUUUCUUAUGUUAAACCCCAAACAUUCAAAAAGGGAGUGAUCAACUUUGUUUGAAGAGAGGGAGGUCAGAAUCUUUUUUUUUCUUCUUUUCACGUAAAGCAUUAAACGCUGCUCAUUGGUUUAAAACCUUUUCAUAAACUGGCCUGAGACAUCAGAUUUAUAAAACUGGCAAAUAGCAACCACAGCGUGAACUGUAUGUCAGAGUCAUGGCGUGCAGGAAGUCCUUAAGUCACCUGCUCCAUAUGUUUCAUUUCAGUCAGUCAAUGAUAUGUUGAAGGAGGCAAACUGAACUUUAAAAAAAUAAACAUACACUCAUCUGAAUUUAAUCUCUUUACUGGUUCACAGAAAUGUUCCAGAUUAAGACGUGUGAGACGGUCCUGAAACAAAUCCUUCAUGACUCGUUUAUCUGAUAAUCAGAGCGAAUACUUUAAUCACUUUUCUGCGUAAGAGCUGAAGAAAGAGAUGACUGUGUGUUGAUGUGUUACUAAGGAUUAAAUCUCUGAUGGGAAGUCGUGCACUGAAUGAGCCUCUUUAUGAGUAAACUACCUGACGACCUUUAAAGUGUAAGACCUGUUAUUCCGCACAGCCGAGCUCAGAGAAAGAAAAAAAAAAAAACCCUUUUUGUUUUGUCCCAUUAUAACCUGCUGAUUGAGUUUCCCUCCUCUGUAAAUGACCCGGAGAAAUCAUCGAGAUGUGUGUCCUUAAACAUACAAACAUAGCCACUGUGAAUAGACCAAAGCAAUGUCGCACCUGUUCUAUUAGCUCCUCCUCCUCCAGAUAUGACACCUGUAUAUUAACGUCUGUGUGGAUGUCUGUUCUGUGAUUUUAUAAUCCACAAUAUUUGUAUGAAGACAUUAAAUGUAUAUUUUCAUGCUGUACAUAUCUUGAACAAACCUACUAUGUUUUUAAUUAAAGAAAUACAAAAUGUUGAA